AGAUUCUGAGGAACUCACAUCAGGGCAAAAUAGGAGAAUCUAAAGACUGAAUUCUGCAGUCCUCCAUUCAACAAUAGAAAGACAACUGGUCCCUUUCCUCAGUCAUCUGGUGAGAAUGAACGCAGCUGAUCACCGCAAUGGAGCCCCUUAUGUUUCAGGUGGAACAGUGGAUCCUGCCACAGAAUGGGACUUCUAUGGAGGGGACGGGGCUCUGUCAGAAAGCACUUCCAACAGCCAGCGGUCCUCCCCAAACUGCUUCAUCACUGCUUCGUUUUCCGGAACAUCCACCUCUGUCAACACUGAGCUCUACAGCGGGCAGUCAUCUGGUGCCUCGCCACCAGAGAGAGGGGAAGUGAGGGAAGGUGACCUGUUGAAGGACAGAGAGGGCUCUGUAGCAGGGGCCAGUGCUGCAUGGCGGGGAAAGCAGAGAGGAACCAGUGAGGGCGCGCCGGCCAGCCUGAAAGCCUCAUCCCCGGGCCCCGUCCGACUGCCAAAUGGGAAGCUCCAAUGUGACGUGUGUGGAAUGCUGUGCCAUGGGCCCAACGUGCUGACGGUCCACAAACGCAGUCACACAGGUGAGCGCCCGUUCCAGUGUGAGGAGUGUGGCGCUGCCUUCACACAAAAGGGGAACCUUCUGCGCCACACCAAGCUGCAUUCAGGAGAGAAGCCUUUCAAAUGCCCCCACUGUAACUAUGCCUGCCGUCGGAGAGACGCCCUGGCUGGUCAUCUCCGCACGCACGCCGGGUGCUCAACAACAGGUAAGCAUUUGAAGUGCAGCAACUGUGGUCGCAGCUACACGCAGCAGAGCGCUCUGGAGGAACACCGCGGGCGCUGCCAGCGCGGCCUCCACAGCCUGGAGAACCCUGCUGCUCUCAGCGGCCACACCGCACAGGGAAAACAGUCUAAGAGCCUGGGGUCAAUGACAGAGCCUGAACUUCAGUCGUCCACAGAAAUACUCCCCCUAAUAGACCAUCUGGCCAACAGCAUCACCAAGCGCAAAAGCUCAACUCCUCAGAAGUUCUUAGGGGGAAAGCACUUGUGGCUUGCCAUGCAAGAUUCCCGUUUUGAGUUUCCCCCUGGCACUAAGGAGGGGGACAGGUACAGCCUACACCCAGGGAGGGACCUCGCCAGGUUGGUGGGGAUGGUGAGCAGGCACCCUACAGGGUCCAAGGUUCCAGCAGAGGACCAGAACUCUGCCAAACUGGAAGAACCUCAGCCCUCCUGCCUGCCUGAGCUCGUAUCAGUGAGGCCUGUUUCCAGCUACAAGGCUCCAGACGGACCCCGGGCCUUCAACUGUGGGGGAGGUGGGGCCUCGGCUGGAUGGGAGGCGGAUGAGGGCCUCAGCCAAGGCUGCCACGCUUCCACCAACACAGACAGCACAGCUGAGGAGCAGAAUGCCGUCUCGGCCAGAGUGCAGUCAAACAACCCCCCGACCGCCACGCUCCCCAGCCUGAGGGCCAGCUUCAGGGCCAGCCUCAGCCACGACUUGAAAGGUAAAAGGAGGCCCGGCGUCACCCCUGCGGCCAGGAGGGGCCCUGACUUGGCCCUCUCCUCCAGGGAGGAGGUCCAGGUGGUGGACGGAAAGGGGGGAAUCCUGUGUACUUUCCGCUGUGAGCACUGUCACAUCCUCUUCCUGGAUCACGUCAUGUUCACCCUCCACAUGGGUUGCCAUGGUUUCCGCCAACCCUUCGAGUGCAACGUCUGUGGUCACCGCAGCAGAGACCGCUACGAGUUUACCUCCCACAUUGUCCGUGGAGAACACGUCCUCAGGAGAGGAACGCACCCCAAAACAGGUUCUCCCUGAAACCAUGAAGAGUUCUGCUGCUAUUUUAGCAGAACCCUCUAGUCUAAACCCUGUUCAGGACCCUAUUUCAGUUUGUUUAAACACGUUUAACAAAGUCGGGGUAACAUUUCCAAAUAAAAGUUCUACUAGGAAUCAUAGUAACUUCAGAAUUGUUUGGGAUGUUGGCUCAGGGGUAUAUAGGUACCCAGGGGUCAUUAUUAUUGAGGAUUGUCAUAUAUAUAUA